GCGACCCAUCCGAGUCUUGGCCCCACCCAGAGGAGGGGUUUCUGCCUUAAUGUUAGUGUUUGAUUGGAUAAAAAUGUUUUGAAACUGUCCGCCAAAAUCAGAGCGGGCUCCUUGUGGGCGGUGUCUCUGUAGUGAUUGGAGGAGACUGAAAACCCACGGGCAACUCGGUUAUAAAAUGUCGGUGUCACCAGUUGGGUCCGUUGUGUUUAUAGUUAUAUUCUGUAAAGUCAGUAUCAGAAAAUGAGUGGACGAGGCAAAACCGGCGGGAAGGCCAGAGCUAAGGCCAAGAGCCGCUCCUCUCGUGCCGGACUGCAGUUCCCCGUGGGCCGUGUCCACAGACUGCUCCGUAAAGGGAACUAUGCCCAGCGGGUGGGUGCCGGAGCCCCCGUGUAUCUGGCGGCUGUGCUGGAGUAUCUGACCGCUGAGAUCCUGGAGUUGGCAGGAAACGCCGCCCGCGACAACAAGAAGACCCGCAUCAUCCCCCGUCACCUGCAGCUGGCUGUCCGCAACGACGAGGAGCUCAACAAACUGUUGGGAGGAGUGACCAUCGCCCAGGGAGGAGUUCUGCCCAACAUCCAGGCGGUUCUGCUGCCCAAGAAGACCGAGAAGGCCGGAAAGGCCAAGUAAAUGUCAGCUUGCUGACCACAAACCCACAACGGCUCUUUUAAGAGCCACACACCCCAGAUAAAGAGCCAUAACUUUAUCUAAAGUUACUAAAAACUAAAUUUACUUCCUGCUAAUACACCUCAAACUGUAAAACUGUCCAUAAGUGGAUACAAUGAACUGCUAUAUUUGCCUUGAAAAUCUUUCUGGUGAAUUUAUAACUGGUUUUAAUUUUAUCAUGAUUGAAGGGUUCAGGUACCAGCUUUAACGAAUACGUUACAAAUGGAAAUUAUGUUAUUUGGACUGAAAUUUGGUCAAGUCUAGUUCAACACAACUAGCAGGCCUUUUAGACCAUUAUUUAUGUGAA